CUGGUACUCAAUUUAUAUCGCGUAAUAUAGCUCUGUUUAGUUCUACGGCGGCCACCGCGUACCGCAUGUUGUCCGACGACCGCAGUUGUGACAGUAUUAUAUAUAUUAUUAUUAUAGUGCUAUAUCACCAUGGCGCAAUCCAUACUCUGGUAUUUGGUAUGCCUUGUCAUAGGCGCAGUGCUGCUAGCCGUUUACUUAACGUGUAGGAAACCGAAAAACUAUCCUCCAGGUCCCCCAUGGAUGCCAUUUGUAGGGAAUACAUAUCAGCUAGCCAACCUUUCUGCAACUUCAGGGGGGCAGUACAAAGCAUUCGAAAAACUCCGACUUCGCUACAAUUCCGAUGUAAUUGGAUUAAAAUUGGGCUGUGAAUACGUGGUGGUCGUGUUUGGGGAUGCUUUAAUUAGUGAUACUUUACACCGAGAGGGGCCGUUUUUGGGACGUCCUGAUAAUUUUUUUAUGCGACUUCGUACAAUGGGCGAGCGCAGGGGCAUCACGAUGACCGAUGGAGACUUGUGGAAAGUGCACCGAGCGUUUGUGGUUAAGCAUCUCAAGUCACUAGGACUGGGACAGCGGAGAACUGACGAAAUGAUACGUGACGAGUACGAACAAAUGACACGAGGGCUAAUGGAAGAGGCCGGAAGUAUCACACCGAGUCCGCACUUGCAAUCGGCUAUUAUGAAUAUAUUAUGGGAGUUUAUAGCCGGCACAAAAUUCGAUGAACCUAAGAUAUUGCAGCUAAUGAGUAGGCGUAGUGCAGCUUUUGGUAUGGCUGGCGGAUUACUCAAUCAAAUGCCUUGGUUAAGACACGUGGCACCCGCUAAAUCAGGUUAUUCGCUCAUCAUGGACAUCAACCAACAGCUGUUCUCGAUAAUAUCGGAAAAAAUUGAAGAACAUAAAAAAACUUUGACAGACAAUAUCAGGGAUUUCAUUGAUGCGUAUCUCCUACGAAUGCAACAAGAAGAUAAAUCCAACACAACAUUUACAGAGAAACAGUUAAUAGCCGUUUUUCUAGAUCUAUUCAUAGCUGGUUCGAAAACCACGAGUAGUACGUUAGAUUUUGCUAUACUUGCCAUGGCCAAGUGGCCUGAUGUACAGACUAAAGUUCGAGCUACUCUGGAUGAGAUCCAACCACCAGGAAUAUUUUUAACAGCCGAAGAAACACUUAGGAACAGAUACUUAAAAGCCGUGUUGUUAGAAUCAAAAAGGAUAAGUCACGUCACGCCCACUAUUGGCCCAAGAAGAGUAUUGAACAAUACAAAAAUUGAUGCAUAUGACAUACCAAAGGGAACAACCAUUUUAAUGAGCUUACACUCGAUACAUCAUAAUCGUUCAAGAUGGGAUGACCCUGAAGUGUUCCGACCAGAAAGAUUUAUUGAAGAGGAUGGUGACAUAAAAUCGGGUGAUAAUAUGUAUUUCUUUGGUUUUGGUAAACGAAGAUGUCCCGGUGAAGCUUUGGCUCAGCGGUUCGUCACAUUAGUAUUUGCAAAUUUAGUACAUGAUUUCGAAAUCAAAAUAGAAGAGUUACCAAAAGGAGUUAACUGUGGCAUCCUUUUGACCCCGAAACCGUAUAAAAUAAAGCUGUCUAAAAGAAAAUAAUUACAAUUUAUGUAAUUUGUUUUUAUUUAUUUUGACUUCUAAAGUAUGACGUUCAACAUCUCGACUUUUUCAACAAAAAAAAUAAUACCUAUUCACGGUCAUCUGUUAGAGUUAGAUUAAAGCGUUUCCGUUUUUAAAAACGUGAUAAACUAAUAUUAUCUACAUAAUUGUUUUAAUAAAA